AUGGAUCCACUCUCUGUAUCAGCAUCUAUAAUUGGUGUACUGGGAGCAGCAGCCAAAGUUUCGUCCGUGUUGAUAUCCUUUGUGCAAAGCACAAGGGCAGCCCCGAAGCUUGCUCAGGCAGUGCUUAACGAAGUCAACGGCCUAAGCGCUAUUCUCACUCAUUUACAAACCUACCUCCUGGGCGCCGCGAGCCUAUCAAAAUCACGAGCCUCCCUUAUCCUGGUGGAACAAGUCAUUGUGACCUUGACAGAGUGCGUGACUACCUUCUCCGAGCUCGAGGACGCCCUCGGUACCUCAAAAAAUGACGCCGGAAUGGGCACGCUUGACCGUGUGAGAUGGGCCAUGAAGGAAUCGAAGAUAUCUGAUGUACAGGGGAGACUACAGAGCAAUAAAGCUUCGUUGACUCUGAUGCUAACUAUUCUGCAAUGCAAGUCUAUGGAAGAGGCAGAAUCUGCAAUGACACACUUGUGUGACCUUGUGCAGCAGGUACUGGCAAGUAACCAAGAGAUGAGCCUGCGUCUUAGGAAUUUGGACGAUAAAACUACGGACACAGCUACACCAACAGCAGCGAAAGUCGACGACGAUGCCAGCACGACAUCGAGUAGGACAGCCACUCCUCCUUUGGUCAACUUACCGCAAGGGAUGCAGCGAAAUCAAUUCGGUUUCGCAUUUGAAGAAGAUCUGCUGGCAUCUCGUGUAUAUCGCAAACCCCUGUUUAGUGACUCUGGGGAGUCGCUCGUGACGUCUGCUGCUAGGACGACGGCCUCAUCUAUAUUAUCUGCGCUUAGUCUGACUGAUGUCUCCAAUAUCUCAGUCCUGGCAGUACCAAUCUAUGCCCACGAGAUCAGUAACAGUCGCCGGUAUACAUUUGGAGAUUUCGAUCCGGAACCUCUAGAAAACUGGGGACAGCGCCCAACUACCCGGUCAGUCGCUGCGAUACCGAAGCCUAAUAAAUGGGAUGGGUUUGCUUCUGCGGUUUGGCGUCAACGGCGAAAGAAAAUCUCCAAGCCGGAGAUCUCGUCGAAGCCAGAGAUUCACAUAUUGGGUGUCUCGCUGUACGAGAGUAUUAAAUUUGCCAAUGUUGCUAUUUCCUUCACCAAUGUGACAGGCGAGACUUACGUAUAUGGCUACGUCCCGACAUUCGUGGGUAAGAUUGGAGUUUUCCUCAAGGAAGAAGGUAUGUUCUCCACUCGCCCUUUGCCUGCCCUAGAAUUUGCCGCGGCUACCACUCUGCUUUCUAUUCAAAGGGUCCGAUUGGGUGUUGAUAAUUUUUAUCUAGCAACCGACGUGGAGGAUAUCUUUUGCGUUAGCGGUUCUGCACUCCGUUUGCAGAAGCUUGAGGCCGCCUUCAACGAGCCACCACUUUAUGGGAAAGGCUUUGACUGGAGCGGAUACACAGUACACGAUGCGGCGGCAAUCCUACUAAGAUAUCUUCUGCGGCUUCCGGAGUCAAUCAUCCCAGUCGAGAUGUAUGAAGCUUUCCAAGAUCCGCUAAAACCACAUCAAGGAGGUCCUUCCACGUUACCCUUCAACCAGGAAUCGUCGAUCUCUGAAUAUCAAAAGCAAAUCACACUUCUGCCUCCUCUAUCGCGACAGCUACUCCUGUAUCUGUUGGAUCUCCUGGCCGUCUUCGCCUCAAAAGCGGAAAUCAACAAGAUGACCUCGGCGCGCCUUGCUGCAGUCUUUCAACCCACAAUCCUUUCGCCCGUGGAGGCCGGUGAUGGCUUUAUUGAAGAAGAAAAGUCCCUUCGGCUCAGUCAGGAUGUGCUCGUCUUCUUGCUAGAGAAUCAAGACAGUUUCUUACUUGGCAUGUCUUGA